AUGCCCUUAGAAGAAAAGGAAGAGAAACAUCCUAGGCCUCGUGAUCAACCUCAAGCCCGCUAUGUAAUCCCACCUUUGGAAAAUCGUCACUUUACUGGCCGUGACUUCACGCUAGAUCAGCUUGAACAGAAAUUAUUUCUACAAGCGGAUACAGCAAAAUUAGCUCUCUUCGGACUAGGUGGUAUCGGCAAAACACAAGUUGCUCUUCAGCUUGCGCUCUGGGUGCAAGCGCAUAUACCAGACUGCUCAAUUUUCUGGGCUCCUGCCCUUAGUCUCGAGAGUUUUGAACAGGCUUGUUCGCAGAUCGCGAGAGAGCUGCAAAUCCAUCAGGUAUCAGACGGUGAAAGUGCGAUGGAGCUAGUACACCGACAGCUCAGUUCUGAUAAAGCUGGAAAGUGGCUUCUCAUUGUCGAUAAUGCCGAUGACGGGGACUUGCUUUUCGAUGAGCUUGAUCAAUAUUUUCCUGCGAGCAACAAAGGCGUUAUCUUACUCACUACGCGUUCCCGCGAUGUGGCACUAUCGUUCGCAGGAAAAGAUAUAGUUGAGCUCCAAAAGAUGACAACGGAGGAAGGCAUCGCUUUUCUUACAAAGAUUAUAGGAGAAGACUCGCUAUGUGACCAGGACUCGACUAUAAAAUUGCUGGACGAGCUGAAUUUCCUACCCCUAGCUAUUGCACAGGCAGCUUACUAUAUUUGUCGAAAUAAUGGAACGACCACACGGUAUCUUGAGCUCAUGCAUAAAACCGAAAAUGAUCGGAUGCGUCUAGCGAGCAGGGACUUCCACGAUAGCACUCGCUACCGCAAAAUGCCAAACGCGGUGACUACCACAUGGCUUAUUUCAUACAACCAGAUCAAAAGCUCUGAUCCAUCUGCUUCUGAUUUGUUGGGAUUCAUAUCUUACCUCGAGCCGAAGGCAAUCCCCCGAUCUAUUCUUCCUACCCUCGAUUCGGAAGAGGAGAUGGAGUUUGCAAUCGGUACGCUGUGUAGCUAUGGAUUUCUCACCAGGAGGGAUAAUGAGAACAUGUUUGAUAUGCAUAGCCUCGUACAGCUAUCGACCCGAGUAUGGAUGACAGAGGCUCGGAAGACACAACAGAUUAUCGCGACUUUAACGCAACAUAUGGACAAGCUUUUCCCAUCUAAUGAAUACACAAAUCGUGACAUAUGGAGGAUGUACCUACCCCACGCCCUUGAAGUCCUUAGAAGGGAGGAGAGCCAAGGUUUGAGCGAGAGGUACACCUUACUUUCCAAAGUUGGGAAAUGCAUUCUAGCGGAUGGCCGAGCGAAAGAAGCUGUCAUUCUUUUUGGAGACGUGUGUGCAUGGAAUGAAAGCCAUUAUGAUGAAGGACAUCCCUCUCGACUAGCAUCUCAGCAAUCUCUCGCAUGGGCAUAUCGAUCCAACGGGCGGAUCAAGCAGGCCGUGGAGCUACUUGAGCACGUGGUCGCGGUGCAAGAGAGAACGCUUGUUGAAGAACAUCCCUCUCGACUAGCGUCUCAGCACGAACUCGCCCAGACAUAUGAAUCUAACGGGCAGAUCAAGCAGGCCAUAGAGCUACUUGAGCACGUGGUGGCGGUAGAAGAGAGAACGCUUGAUGAAGAAAAUCCCUCUCGACUAGCGUCUCAGCAUACUCUCGCACAAGCAUAUUUACCCAACGGGCAGAUCAAGCAGGCCAUAGAGCUACUUGAGCACGUGGUGGCGGUAGAAGAGAGGACGCUAGAUAAAGAACAUCCUGAUCGACUAGUGUCUCAGCAUACUCUCGCACAGGCAUAUUUAUCCAACAGGCAGAUCAAGCAGGCCAUGGAGCUUUUUGAACAUGUGGUCGCGGUGCAAGAGAGAACGCUAGAUGAAGAACAUCCCAAUCGCCUAGUGUCUCAGCACGAACUCGCACGAGCAUUUCAAUCCAACGGGCAGAUCAAGCAGGCCGUAGAGCUUCUUGAACAUGUGGUCGCGGUGCAAGAGAGAACGCUAGAUGAAGAACAUCCUUCUCGGCUGAUGUCUCAGCACGAACUCGCACGAGCAUAUUUAUCCAACAGGCAGAUUGAGCAGGCCGUGGAGCUUCUUGAACAUGUGGUCGCGGUACAAGAGAGAACGCUUGAUGAAGAACAUCCUUCUCGGCUGAUGUCUCAGCACCAACUCGCACGAGCAUAUUUAUCCAACAGGCAGAUCGAGCAGGCCGUGGAGCUUCUUGAACAUGUGGUCGUAGUGCGAGAGAAAACGCUUGAUGAAGAACAUCCCAAUCGACUGGAAUCUCAGCACGAACUUGCACGGGCAUAUCGAUCUAACGGGCAGAUUAAGCAGGCCGUGGAGCUUCUUGAACAUGUGGUCACGGUGCAAGAGAGAACGCUUGAUGAAGAACAUCCUAAUCGACUGGAAUCUCAGCACGAACUCGCACGGGCAUAUCGAUCUAACGGGCAGGUCAAGGAGGCUAUGGAGCUUCUUGAACAUGUGGUCGCGGUGCAAGAGAGAACGCUUGACGAAGAACAUCCUGACCGACUAGCAUCUGAGUGUGCGCUCCAGGACAUAAAGCAGUCAACUAAAGUAGAGAUCAUGGAGAACAUGCUCUCGUUAUCUCUCACUGAUAUUGGAGCUUAG